UUUCGCGAGCCCUACCAAAAAAUUGGAGACGAGAUCGAAGCGAGAGGAGCCGCCGCCGCCGCCUCCGCCGCGCCCGCGCCUCUCUCUCUCUCUCUCUCUCUCUCUCUCUCUCUCUCCCAUUUUCUCCUCUCCUCUCCGCCUCUCGUUCGAACCCUAAGUGAGCGUCUCCGAGCUCGCUACGGGGUGCGAUGUGGAACCUCGCUCGCGCGGCGUGGACUCUGCGGCACGCGCGGAGGCUCUCCGCGGCGAUCCCCGGCUCCAUGCCAGCUCCCAAGCAUGAUUCACUGUUUACAGCAUAUAAAGGAUACUCUACUGUCGAGUCUCAAGUGAAGAUUCCACCAGAGUUAUUGUCACAUAAAUCUGUCUUGACACCAGAUCGAGUGUUCGGGCAAUAUGACGACCUAGUAACAAGAGUGACCAAUUUCCAUAACGAGGACAAAGGUUAUAUGGUUUUGGCUGGCGAUGUUUUUGAUGUGCCCAUUAGAAAGGAUAUCGUUCACCGAGUUGUACGGUGGCAACUAGCUAAACGACAACAGGGUACACAUUCAACUAAGACAAUUAGUGAAGUGAGUGGCACUGGGAGAAAGCCAUACAAGCAAAAGGGAACUGGACGAGCAAGGCAUGGAACACUGCGUGGCCCUCAGUUUAGAGGUGGUGCCACCAUGCAUGGGCCUAAACCACGGAGUCAUGCAAUCAAGUUGCAAAAGAAGGUCCGCCGACUAGGGCUAAAAAUUGCUUUAUCAGCCCGAACAGCUGAAGGCAAGCUUCUGGUGUUCGAGGAUUUGGAGGUUCCGAGCCACAAAACAAAGAAUAUCGUGAACUACCUUACCCAGAUGGAGAAUACCAAGAAAGUUUUGUUGGUGGAUGGCAGUACAGUUGACGACAAACUGAAGCUAGCGACUCGCAACCUGCACUACGUUAAUGUACUCCCUUCAAUUGGUCUGAAUGUUUACAGCAUACUGCUGCAUGACACACUUGUGAUGACACGCGAUGCCAUUAAUAGAAUCGUAGAGCGGAUGCAUACUCCCAUCAAUCGCUGACGAAAUUGCAUUAGCAGUCCCCGGAUGAGGGAAUAUUUUUCUGUGGCCCUUGUGAGAAAGUUGCAAGACAAUACUUAUUGUUAGAGAGACGGGCCAUUUAGCCGUCCAGUUGCUUGUUCAACCUGGCAGACUAGCUUGACUUCAUCACAGUGAGAGAUUUAGUAACACCAAAUGAUCAAGAAUCUAGGGUUUUCCUCGCCAAUCUAAUGUUUGUUUGCAUGUCCAGUUUGUGAUCUUUUAUUUCGAUAUCUGGAACGCGUUUGGUUAGCUAAGCCAAAUUCAAGGGAGUAAAUGUUGUAAUAAUUUAGAAAUUUUUUUAUAAAUGAAAUAUUACCUGCUUUUCGAUACCA